AGCCCAACCCUUACUUUCCCAACCCUUUUUCUUCGGUGAUUUGAUUUUGGUCGAAUGGCAUCUGAGGUGGCGGCUGCUAUACCAGAAAUCCCGGUCGAGGCGGAGAAGCAGCCGCACAAGCUCGAGAGGCAGUGGACCUUUUGGUUCGACAACCAGUCCAAGCCCAAGCAGGGCGCUGCCUGGGGCUCCUCUCUUCGCAAGGGUUAUACCUUCGACACCGUCGAAGAAUUCUGGUGUUUAUAUAACCAGAUAUUUAAACCCAGCAACUUCUCUGCAAAUGCUGAUUUUCACUUGUUCAAAGCUGGAGUGGAACCCAAAUGGGAAGACCCUGAGUGUGCUAAUGGGGGCAAGUGGACAGUGACUAGCAGCAAAAAGUCUGAUCUGGACAACAUGUGGCUUGAAACUUUAAUGGCUCUUAUUGGAGAGCAGUUUGAUGACACUGAUGAGAUAUGUGGAGUGGUUGCCAGUGUGCGCCAAAAGCAAGAUAAACUCUCAUUAUGGACCAAGACUGCAGCCAAUGAAGCAGCUCAGAUGGGCAUUGGAAGGAAGUGGAAGGAGGUGAUUGACAUCACUGACAAAAUCUCCUACAGCUUUCAUGAUGAUUCGAGAAGAGAAAGUAGAGCACCAAGAAGUCGGUAUCAGGUGUGAAGCAACGGGCCAGCGAUUUUGUCAGAUCAUGCCUCUGAUUGAGUUCCCAAACUUUAUUGAGAGCGGCACUCUUCUCUUCCUAGUGAAUUUGUGUUCUUUUUCAGUCUAUCUAGUUAUAUUUUGAACCUUAUUGAAUCACCUGUGAAGAUAACUUCAUUCACAUUCGACAUGUCUUUUUUGAUCAGAAAAUUGUUGCAACA